AUGCUGUCUGAUGUACCUGGCAUAUCAGAGGGCGAGAAGCGCAGACUAUUGCACUGUGUUGUUGUUGGAGGUGGUCCAACAGGGGUUGAAUUUAGCGGGGAACUUAGUGAUUUCAUCAUCAGAGAUGUGAAAGAACGUUACUCACAUGUGAAAGAUUAUGUCCAUGUGACCCUGAUUGAGGCAAAUGAGAUAUUGUCAUCCUUCGAUGUUCGCCUGAGGCAGUAUGCUAUAAACCAACUAGUUAAGUCAGGUGUUAGGCUUGUACGAGGAAUCGUGAAGGAUGUACAACCUGACAAAUUAAUCCUGGACAAUGGAGAGGAGGUUCCUUAUGGUUUGCUGGUAUGGUCUACUGGAGUUGGUGCUUCAUCAUUCGUCAAGUCAUUGCCAUUUCCUAAGUCACACGGAGGAAGGAUAGGUGUAGAUGAGUGGUUACGUGUUCCUUCUGUCCCAGAUGUAUUUGCUGUUGGUGAUUGCUGUGGUUUCCUUGAAAGCACCGGCAAGGAAGUUCUCCCAGCCUUAGCGCAGGUUGCCGAGCGGCAAGGCUUGUACCUUGCUCGCCUGCUCAACCGUGUGAUGAAGGCUGGAGGAGGGCACGCAAAUUCCCAGGUCGAAGCCGAUCUAGGUCCAAAGUUUGUGUAUAAGCAUCUAGGGAGUAUGGCAACCGUUGGAAGGUACAAAGCUCUGGUGGACCUGAGGCAAAGCAAGGUUGGUUGCUCCUCCGUUCUUUGUGAAUCUUUGCAGCUCACUAGACUCGAACUGAGCGUUUUUUUUUCCUAUUCGCAGGACUCGAAGGGCAUAUCCAUCGCAGGAUUUGCAAGCUGGUUCAUCUGGCGCUCAGCAUACCUGACUCGUGUUGUCAGCUGGAGAAAUAGGCUCUAUGUGGCUAUCAACUGGCUGACCACGAUGAUAUUCGGCCGUGACAUAAGCCGUAUCUAG